AGGAGAUGCAGCAGCCGGGUGGUCUGAGUAUUAUCUAACACUGACACAGUUCUAGUGGAGCGCAGCCUGCAGACGCUCUGCCUCUGGCCAGUCUCUGUUAUGUGCAACUAAUUCGACCAGAGUCACUGGGCCACCAUGCUGCCCGGCAGGGUGGUUGUCUUCGGUCUGCUCUACUGCUUCAUCAACACAGUCGCCACACAACGUCUGAACAAAGUCCUGUUCCCAACUGCGCUCAGAAUCAAGAGAGGGACAGCAACACUGGUGAACCCCACUUUCCACAAGUCCUUAGACGAUGUUAAUCUACUUUUCGAGAUACUUCUGUCAGGCCUACAUUUUGGAGACAGCCAGCAGGUCACAGUGAAAGAUGCUGAGCUCGCCUCCCUCCGAAAGACAAAAAGCCUGGAGGUCAUCUGUACGGAUAUCAUGCCCAGAAAGCUGCCUGAAAUACGCAGGCUGACCUCUGACCUUUCAAGUUACACCGGCCACCUACAUCAGGAUGAUUUUGAGCGUACUCUGUUGACCAUGGUGUUCACCGCCCAGCAUAUGGUCAACUCCACCACUGACCACCAAAGAGAUAUUUGGGCAGAGUCCUUUGUUAGCUUGUAUAAGGCCAUAAAGAAGGAUCUGACUGGAAAACAUUGAUUGGAUACCAGUUUUAUAAGCAAUGGCUCCAUUUGGGAGCAUGUAAGACCAUUUUGGGAAACAUCCACUUUGUUUGGACUGUCCCCUUAGACUAGACUAUCAGUUUUUUAUCAGUUAACCAACCUGUCCUGUGUUAUAAUUCAACUUUGCAACAUCAAAAGGCUCUCCAAACAGGUAAAAACUAAUGAUUAUAACUAUUAAACAAUUAGAAUAGUUUUAUACUUUAUUAAUGACUACAGGUAAAGACCAAGAGCAUGGUCCCUGAGCAAUUCAGAGAAAUUCAGAGCUCUGAUUUUUCCAACUUGACGUCAGUGAUGACAUCUAACAUGAUGGUAUUCACUGUUAAUGGUAAGAAUGGUGUAUGUUUAUGGUUCUAAGAAGUUAUAAAAUGAUUGAAAAAGUAUCUGUGGACGUUUAAAUGCAUAAUUUGAUGUGCACUUAUGCAAGGUGUGAAAUAUGUUUAUAUUUGGCUCUGAUUACAGCAAUAUGUGGAAUUUA